GACAGUGUAUAUAUUGUGGCAGUGUAUAUAUAAUAUAAAUUUGUUUAAUUAAGGAGUAUUCUGAACAAAAUCAUUUCCAUAAGAUUUUUCAGAUUUUGUUCAUCUUCAAGCUAAGCUAACCACGCUCAGAAUGUGUUCGUUGCAAAUCCCAUGUCUCCGAGUCUUCGAUCGCACUCCAUUCGGCGGCAGUCUCUCUGCCCCGACGAAGAAUUUGGGGGAAUCCGGUCGUCGCUCGGCAUUUUGGGACCGAGAAGUGUGUUUAAGCAAUGGACUGGCGGCGGAGAAGCGGUUGCCGCGCCGCCGGAGGGUUUCUCGGGUCGGGGCUAUGUCUUCUUCGAACUCGUCUUUCAGCAUGAAUUUGAACGAGUAUAUGGUCGCGUUGGAGAAGCCUCUGGGCAUUCGAUUCGCCAUCUCCCUUGAUGGGAAGGUCCUUGUUCAUGCUCUCAUGAAAGGGGGAAAUGCUGAAAAGUCGAGAAUAAUUAUGGUGGGUGAUACUUUGAAAAAGGCCAGUGAAUCUUCAGGCGGUAGGCUUCUUGAGAUUAAGGACUUCGGCGAUAUAGAGAAGAUAAUGCAGGAUGGUUCGGGAUCUUGCAGCCUUAUUUUUGAGAGACCUUUCUCCCCAUUUCCUAUCCACCAACUGUAUCUUAUGGAUGUUGUCGAUAUUCUAUUUAAUCGAGGCCGUGUUCCCAUAGUCACAUGGAACAAGAAUUUGCUUGCCUCAAACUUAAGAACACUGUGUGAGAGUAGUGGUAAUUCUGGAUUGGCCUCAUUUUCAUCUAAAUAUCUUACUUCGAAAGGAUGGAGGGCUUUGGAUAGUCAAAAUGAAACCAUAGAACAAAAUGUGCCAAAUAAUACCCCUCCCAUACCUUUUAGCCCACUCGUGAAUAUCUUUUGUGAGAAAGCAACAAGAGAUGCUCAAUGGGCUCAUGGGAAUUUCCCGUUAGAAGAAUAUAUAAAGGCAUUGGAUCGUUCAAAGGGGGACCUGUACUAUAACCAUGCACUUGGGAUGCGAUAUAGCAAGAUAACAGAACAAAUAUAUGUUGGGUCAUGCAUUCAAAGGGAAGCUGAUGUUGAGAUGCUGUGUAAUGCAGUGGGGGUCACUGCUGUGCUGAAUUUUCAGAGUGGAAUUGAAGCAGAAAACUGGGGAAUCAAUUCUAAAGAAAUUAAUGAAUCAUGCCAAAGAUUUAAUAUCCUAACGAUCAACUAUCCCAUAAGGGAGGGAGAUUCUUUCGAUAUGAGGAAGAAACUACCAUUUUGUGUUGGCCUUCUUCUUCGCUUAUUGAAAAAGAACCAUCGUGUUUAUGUCACAUGCACCAACGGGUUUGAUCGUUCCCCUGCUUGUGUGAUUGCAUACCUUCAUUGGAUGACUGAUACUUCCCUUCACGCAGCCUAUAAUUUCGUCACUGGCUUACAUUCCUGCAAGCCUGACAGACCAGCCAUUGCCUGGGGAACAUGGGAUCUUAUAGCAAUGGUGGAAUCUGGUCCACUUGAUGGACCUGCAACACAUGUUGUUACCUUUGUGUGGAAUGGGCAUGAGGGAGAGGAUGUCUACUUGGUUGGGGAUUUUACUGGGAACUGGAAAGAACCAAUUAAAGCAGUCCACAAAGCUGGCCCUAGAUUUGAGACUGAUGUUCGACUCUCACAUGGAAAGUACUACUAUAAGUAUAUCAUUAAUGGACAGUGGAGGCAUUCUACAUCUUCACCAACUGAAAGGGAUGAGAAAGGUAAUAUCAAUAAUGUGAUUGUGGUCGGCGAUGUUGCAAGUGUGAGGCCUUCUAUGCAACAACAGAAGAAGGAUUCAAAUAUUGUGAAGGUUAUUGAGAGGCCAUUGACAGAAAACGAGCGAUUUAUGCUUGCAAAAGCAGCUCGGUGCAUUGCUUUCUCUAUUUGCCCUAUAAGGCUAUCCCCCAAAUAGCAGACGCUACACGAAAUUUUCAUUGUAUAUGAAAUUCUUCUGUUAAGUUCCUCAAUGCAAAUGAGAAUAGGAACUGUCUAAAGGUCAAAUUCCAGAUGAACUGCCGAUUCGAUUGAUUCUGCUAUCUACUGUCCAAAGAGGAGGCGGGCAUCUCUUUUUUAGGUGAGGUAUGUGAUGAAGAACUCGAUCGGAAUACAGUUAUUUUCUAAAAAAAAUGAAGAAGGAAGAAGAAGGCUAUUGUAACAAUGUAUGAAUGUAACAUAUAAGGUCUUCUUGCUUUGAUGUAUGUGAAUUGGUUCCAUGUCUAGUUUUGUGACUUUUGAGUGACAAUGUAUCAUUAUGCAGAAUAAUAUUUCUUGAAAUGUUUGACUUGUGUGGUU